AUGAGAUCUUGGCGGCCUAUGCCCUUGAUGGCGCUGACCCUCCCUUCUACCAGCGUCGCCAGCGUCCUCUACCCGCGUGGCUGUCAUGCUGACAACUGCCUUCGUGCUGUUGAGAAUCCCACAAGGGCAGCAAGUGCAUCGUCCUUGUGCUCAUCUAUCCUGGAAACAUCUCUCGCGCCAACCGCCACUGCUUCUCUACCUGCUUGGCUUGGUAACUGCGGCACCACGAGCCAGAUAUCAAGAAUUAGCAGUGCCUGUGCCUGUUUUCUGGCCUCAACAAGUCUUGUACCAACCUCUACUUCGACUCAAAGGGACAGUUCUACAUGUCCCACCAUCCCUCCUCCUACCACAACCAUCACAUCUACCAUCACCAACAUACUCACCUCUACAUGUGCGGCUCCCUCCACCAUCACAAUUGGAGGAACAACAGUCACUCUUUCAGCCAGUACGGAGACGGUAACAAUAACGCCAUCCACCAGUACCGUCACUUCAACGGUUACCUCAGCCUUCACUUCGACUAUUGCCACUCCUGAGCCAUCAUCUUGUGGCUCCAUUCUUGGCAAUCCCGCCUUUGAAAACCCAAACAGGGAGUUGUUUCCAUGGCGAAUUGCCACUGACGGCCUUGGCGGCCCAGGAACCGGUGCUGGCCUCCAACAGGACAGUCCAAAUAGCAACGUAUACUUCGUCUUUAACUCUGUGCGCGGCCAAGCCAAUCCGUUGAUAAGAUUGUGGCAAGGCAUCUCAACAUGUGCUGGCACUUAUAGUGUACGCUUUCGUUUCAAAACUGGGAGCACUGGUGGAUGGACUUUUGUGGCCGGUAUGGCCAAUACAGCAUUUUCGUUGACUUCAACGCGUGCCGAGAGGGGCGUGUGGACGAACGUUAAUCUUGGAACAUGGGCCCUGGGUGAUGGAAGUGGUGAGUUUCGCUUUGAAGUCCGAGCUGCGGGCCCAGGGACGGGGCAGUCGGUGGUAUACAUCGAUGAUAUUCUGCUGGUCAAGAUUUGA